CCGCUACUUACUCGUUGAGUCGUUCUCCCAACGCAGAGUCCCAGACGGCCAACUCGCUUCCCUCUCCUCCUGCACGAAUCCAUACCACACUCGUUCGAACGAAUCGCCCUCUAGCUCGCGUGCACGCGCGAACGUACUACUAUCUCAGAGAUACCGCCAUCACGGGCGGCAGAACCUGUGCGGCUCCUCUCCUGCUGUCCUGCGCUGAAAGGUAUGGAGUCGUGAUGCCGUGUUUCCGGUCUACUCAGCGGGCUGUGCUCGUAUCAUAGAUGGCCAGUGCACCCUCCGGAACUCCUUCGCCCUUCGACGACUCGCCUUCUUCGCUAGCACUCAACACGCACUUCCUCCUGCAGCCGGAGCCUGAACACGACGAGUCUGGUGCUUCUUCUGACAUCGCCUUCUCUGACGGCGACACUGCGUCGCAAAGAUCUAUCGCCCUGUCUUCUCCCACACACUCGCCGCGACCCGCGGCCCAUCUCGGUCUGCAGGAAGAGGAGGAGGACCAGGUCACGCCGUCCGCUAUAACACCCGUCUCGUACAUCAGGCAAAGCUUGUCGUACUCCAAGCGGAACACGCUGGACACGGAUUUCAGUUCCGACGUUGAUGAUGAUAGGAGCUUCUUUAUGCGUAGAAUGGAUGACGGCGAGUCUCCAAUAUCCAGUGUAGCACCUUCGGUCCUGGAGGAGCGAGAGAAGCCCUCGAGCCCGCCACCAAUGCCCCGAGCGCCUGCUUCGCCUCCACCGCCCACCCGUCCGCCCGUAGGCGUACGCGGUAGAAGUGACACGGAUAGCGUAAUUUCAGCUGGCUCGGAGGGCACCACGUACUCGAAAAAGGCACGGCCUGAGUCUCUGUUGCCUCAGGCGAAUCAGGGUCCCCUAGUGUUAGGUAUUGCGCUUGUAGACUUUGACCACUUGGUCGGACCUAAGAUCGAGUUCUCCAGAGGGGCGGUGUGCGAGGAUGAAGAGAUUGCAAAGAUCCUCCCCUUCCUCGCGCUUCCGGACGGCGCGCACUUGUCGUCGGAAGAUUAUUCCUACUUUCACCUCGUUCCGACAGGACCCAAUCCUUCGACCAUCUUCGGGAUCUCAUGUAAUCGACAAAUACGCGCCGCAGAGCUGCUCGUGAAAGAGGCCGACGUGACCCGCUCGACAGUGCAGAAGGCCGUCGUCGUCCUCGCCUCGAAACCCGUGUUCGGACUCAUCAGGGACCGGCUCGGCGUGAUUACUCGCGCGCUGUUCGCGCAACGCGAUUUCUCUGACAUGAGCAUUCUUGAUGACUUCCACACCUCGCUGGAGCACUCGCUCCGGAGCCAGAUGACCGAGAGCGGGCUUUACAUGGGAACUAGUCUGCGGGAGCUCGUACAUACGUUCCGACAACGAACACUCGUCCUCUUGAAAGCGCUCAUGUUGCAGAAGAAGAUCAUGUUCUUUGGGCACCCAGUGGAGCGACUAUGCACGUACCAGUACUCCUUGGUUACCCUCGUUCCUGGCCUCCUUCAAAACCUGGACGACUGUGGCUCGCCACCGCUUGCUGCGCGGGCUCAGUCCCUUACACGACCAACAUCAUUACGCACGUCUGAUCACAAGAGUAUGAUGGCUUAUAUCGGCUUGCCUCUUGACCUCUUUGGCAAGGAUGCGUUCUUUCAGCCUUAUCUGCCGCUACAGCAGCUGGACAUGCUCAAGGACACGCAAAGUUGGUUAUGCGGCAGCACGAACACCAUCGUCACACAGCAGAAGGAAGUCGAACUGCUCGUAAACGUCGAAAACGGGACGAUGGAGUUCCGUGAUCCGAGGGUCGAGCGUGUGGCCGGCUUGACUGCCGCUGAUCGGAAAUGGAUGGACGAGAUCGUCAAGGAUGUCAACGAGACAUAUAUCGACGACCCGACAAAGCCAGCCGGCAUGCACUUCAAGGGUAGCGACGAUUACUUGAGACAGAAGUUCGAGGAGUACAUCUCAGGUGCUCUCGCGUCCGUCAAGUAUUCUGCGUUCUUGGCAAAGGCUGGGGGAUCCGGUGUUGUAAUCACGGAUGGCCAAGGCGACCCGAACUCCUCACAGGAUUUCAAUGCUCUAUGGAUCCAAGAGUUCAAGAAGACGAACGCCUACGAAGUCUGGGAACGUGUGACUGAUCCUAUGCUGUUCGACAUCGUUGAGGCGCGGCAUCCUUGCAGCGAGAGGCCGUCCGUUCUCGCGGAUGUCGGACUGCGGCUAUCAGAGGGAAUCCAGGAACUCAAACUUGACCAGCAACUGGCUCCGACCAGAGAGGCUAUAUCGCGCACGAUCACGGCCGGUUCCACCAAUGUCAUGAAGGCAAUGGAAGGGUUGCGUGGGCGCUGGCUGGCCCCGCGCAGUGGACCUGGCACGCCAGUGACCGCGACCUUCUCGAGCGAUGGUUCUGCGGGUUCUGCGAGCACGUCCAGUAGCGCGGACGAAGUCAGCAAGGCUGGUAGCUCACCGCCAUCGCGGCCACCUUCGAUCAGGGGUACGUCUGACCCUGCACGGCCCCCGUCACGCUCGAGCGGCUUGCGUCCCCUGAGCAUGGCGGCGACACAUCCAGUCCCCGUACCGCCUCCUCCUCCGGUCCCAGAGCCGGCUCGCUUCAGCGGCUGGGUCGGCUCGUUCUUCACGCCGCGGCCCCCCUCCUCGCGUGCAUCGACCGCGUCGUCAACGCGCAGAGAGAGCAGCUCGGCCGCAUCGGUGUCGUCUCGUGGGCCGUCUCCGCAUCCUGCUUCGCCGCCGCUCCCUCAUGCGAGGGAUAGCAUAAGCAACGCGAGCGUUGCGGAGUCUUUGCCUGACCAGGCGCUGCAGACGCGGAGCCUUGACGACGUGUAUGGGGGCGUGAGCAUACAGGACCACGAGCAGGAGGCGGAGCCAGCUGAUACUGGCGUAGCGCUCUGAUCCUCACCCAGGUACCAUUUCGAGCGUCUCGUUCCGGUGUUCUCCUUGGAAGUAUUAUUAUAUGGUCCAUCCCGCGCAGUUCUUCAUCGCAAUUUAUCUGAACCAGCAGACGUUUACCUGUGAUUAGACUGUUCAUGCAUCAUGUUACACUAUGAUAUUCGCAUACCCGCGUACUAGAGCGAGCUUCGAUUGUGGUUCCAACAUCAACUACCGAGCUGGAGAUAUUCGCAUGAU